GAAAAAAAAAGGUAUGGCGGCCUAAAUCCCGUAUUUUUCAAUCAAAUGUUCGAUCAUCAUUCGUUAGUAAACUCUUCUAGUCUUCUUCUAAUUCUCAUUCUAAAACUUUUCAUUUUAUAAAAAAAUCCGAUUCUAAUACUUUUCUCCAACCUAAUCUUCCCCAAAUCUAGCUCCAAACUAUAAACCCUAACCCUAACCCUACCCUUAGAAGAUUGGUGACCACAUGGGAGACUUCAAUGACAGUAGUAACAACGAUGCUUUCUUGCGAAACCAAAAUGCUGCUGUUCAAGGUCGCACCAAAGCCCAGAAUCGUGCUAAUGUUCUUCAGCUUAAAAUGAUGGGACAGUCUCAUCCGACUGGUUUGACGCCAAACUUGUUGAAGCUUUUCGAGCCCCGACCUCCUUUGGAAUAUAAGCCGCCGCUGGAGAAGAGGAAAUGUCCUCCUUAUAUGGGAAUGGCCCAAUAUGUAAAUCUUUUUGCUGAACCUGGUCACCCUGAGUAUGCCCUGCCUGUUAAAGAAGCUGAAACUAGGAUACAAAAGAAGGCCAGAAUACAUCAAUUACGACUAGAGAGGGGUGCUGCAAAGGUUGCGGAAGAGCUUGAGAAAUAUGAUCCAUCAAGUAACAUAAAUGCGACUGAAGACCCAUACAAGACUUUAUUUGUUUCGAGGCUGAGUUACGAGACCUCAGAGAGCAGGUUGAAAAGGGAGUUUGAAACCUAUGGGGCCAUAAAGCGGGUAAAAAUGAUCUAUGACAAGGAGACGAACAAACCAAAAGGUUAUGCUUUCAUAGAAUAUGCUCAUACAAGGGACAUGAAAGCUGCAUAUAAACAAGCUGAUGGAAGAAAAAUUGACGGAAGAAGGGUUCUUGUAGAUGUGGAACGUGGAAGAACUGUCCCAAACUGGCGGCCUCGUAGACUGGGUGGUGGAUUAGGAACAACUAGAGUUGGUAAUGAAGACGUCAAUCAAAGGCUUUCUACAAGGGAACUUCAAUCUGGAGGUCCAUCUCGAUCGGAGGAGCCCAGAAUACGAGAGGAUAGAGAUAGAGAAAAAUCUCGAGAUAGGGAUAGAGAGAGAGAUAGGGAGCGAGAAAAAUCUCAUGAGCGGUCCCAUGGAAGGACAAGAGAUCGGGAUCACAAAGAGGAUAGGCACCACAGAGACCGUGACAGAACCAGAGAUAAAGAGAGGGAAAGAGAACGUGGCCGCGAUCGUGGCCUUGAUCGUACACGUGAUCGUGAAAGAGGUAAGGACCGUGCCCGUGGUCAUGAUAGAGAUAAGGAUCAUGGACGUUCUCAUGAUAGGCAUCGAGACAGGGACCGUGACUAUGAUUCUGUUGAGGCAGACCAUGAUCGUGGGCAUUCCCGUGAUGGAGAUUAUGAUCUUGAUCACGGGGAAGCAAAACAUGAUCGUGGAAGACAUGGUGAAAGAGAACGAGGUUAUGAUCAUGGUCCCACUGACGAAGAUCAAAGGUAUUAUGAGGCUGAUCUUGGGAACAAGCAUGAAACCGAGCAUGAUGACCAUUAUGGACAUCACCGGAGCCGAGGACCCUAUGAUGACAAAGCCGUUAUAAACGAUGAUGAUCGUUAUAAUCAUUAUGCUAGUGAGAGUGGCCAUAUGGAAGAAGACAACCACAAUUAUGAGCGGGAUGCCUGAAGAACUGAAGAGAGCUCUUGAAUUAAAAAGAAAGUUGUGGGUUUUCAAUUCCUAUUUUGUUUUUCUUUUAAUUAAAGGUUAAGAUUUCAUCCUAGUUUUGAUUCGUUUUGGUGGAGUAGGUACUUUUUGUUUCAGGAACCCAGAGUUUAGAGGUAUGGUAUUGUUAUUUAGGUAUGUACCUUUCAAUUCUCACUUUUUUUUGUUAUCUUCUUUUAUGACGCAUGAUUUGGUUUUUAUUUUCUAUUGCUUGUGAUGAGACCAUCAAUGUUCAUGGCGUCUUUUGUUGAUGCAAGUUUCAUGUAUUUUUGAAGACAUUGUGUCUUAAGAAGUGAUUUCGUAGUUGUUGAAUUCUACC